AUGGGCUUUGCUGCCGUCACUGAAUGGGCGCACCGAGUCAACCUCGCGGUUGCUCGGAGCCCAGUUGGGAAGCAUUUUCGUCUUGAAGGGUCUGGUCAUCCCAAAGAACGCAAAGGCAGUUAUUUCUUUACCGAAAUUCGCGCCGGCCUGGCUACCUUCUUCGCCAUGGCCUACAUUAUCAGUGUCAAUGCCAACAUCACCUCCGAGUCUGGCGGUACCUGCGUCUGUCCUCCCGAAAGCAUGGCAGACCGCUGCAACACGAACACCGAAUACCUCCUCUGUGUCCAAGAAGUACAUCGCGAUGCUGUGACGGCGACUGCUGCUAUCGCUGCCUUGGCUACUUUCUUCAUGGGUCUGCUGGCAAACCUGCCCGUGGCGCUGGCGCCCGGAAUGGGUUUGAAUGCCUACUUUGCGUAUACGGUUGUUGGUCAUCAUGGAAAUGGUCUUAUCCCUUACGAAAUUGCCGUGACGGCGGUGUUUGUCGAAGGAUGGGUGUUUUUGGCUAUGACAUUACUGGGUAUUCGACAAUGGCUUGCGCGGGCGUUGCCAGCUUCGAUCAAAUUGGCGACCGGCGCUGGUAUUGGGCUGUACCUUACGCUCAUCGGAUUAUCAUACAGUGCGGGUAUUGGCUUGGUGACUGGCGCGACCGACCAGCCCAUGGAGCUGGCAGGUUGCUCAGAUGCGCAGCGCGAUGCGAGCACCGGAUUAUGUCCUAGUGCCGACAAGAUGCGCAGUCCGACCAUGUGGGUUGGUAUCUUCUGCGGUGGUGUCAUUACGGCGUUGCUCAUGAUGUACCGUGUGCGCGGCGCGGUGAUUGCGGGUAUUCUGCUGGUGUCGAUUAUCUCGUGGCCUCGUCCUACGCCUGUGACCUACUUCCCGCACACUGAAGUUGGAAACAGCAACUUUGAUUUCUUCAAGCAGGUAGUUACGUUCCACCCUAUUCGCAAGAUUCUGGUUGCGCAGGAAUGGGAUCUUUCCGGGCAUGGAGCGCAGUUUGGUCUGGCGUUUAUUACUUUCUUGUAUGUCGAUAUUCUCGAUACGACCGGUACUCUGUACUCGAUGGCGCGAUUUGCUGGAACCAUCGAUGAGGAGACACAGGACUUUGAGGGUAGUUCCAUGGCCUAUAUGGUCGACGCUAUCUGCGUUUCAAUCGGCUCCCUCUUCGGCGUCUCCCCCGUCACAGCGUUCGUAGAAAGCGGCGCCGGCAUUUCAGAAGGCGGAAAAACCGGCCUCACCUCCUGCGUAACAGGACUCUGCUUCUUUAUCGCCGUCUUCUUCGCGCCAAUCUUCGCCUCCAUCCCACCCUGGGCCACCGGUUGCACACUCGUCAUCGUCGGCGCGCUAAUGACCAAAGCCACGACCGAAAUCAACUGGAAGUACCACGGCGACGCAAUCCCGGCCUUCCUGACCAUCGCCGUCAUGCCGUUCACGUAUAGUAUCGCGUACGGUCUGAUCGCGGGUAUCCUGAGUUACAUCACGCUGAACGUGAUUGUGUGGAUCAUUGAGAAGGGAUCGGGCGGACGCAUCAAGCCGCCGAACAAGGAAGAGGACCACGAGGAUUGGACGUACAAGUUGCCUGGAGGUUUUAUUCCGCCGUGGUUGAAGCGUGCUGCUCGCGGGAAGAAGGAUUUCUGGCGCGACGAGGAGAGUUCGGCGUAUGCUUCCGGGGUGAUCGAGACGGAUGGAUCGCUAUCAUCGCGGGACCACCAUCUUCAUGAUACCCAGGAAAUGGGAGAGAAGGCGGCACCUGUGGUGGCUGGGAAACCGGCGCCUUAA